GAUAAGCGAGCCUGGGUCGUAUUUUGUGUAAACUUUUCGAGACGUCGGACGCGUCGUGUGCUUGCUCGCGGUCUAUCGAACAUUUUCCUUUGCGCGAGGAUUUCCGCCGCACGGGGACACAGCCCGCCAGCAUAAAUCUGACUGUGCAAUCGUGUGUCGUGUAGAGUGUAGCAUUAAAAAAACAACAACGGAACAAACCGCCGUCUAAAGGUAAUUAACCGGUGCGAAUGAAAAGCGUUCAGCUAAUUUCGCUCGUGGCUCUGUGCAUCGGCUCACAACUUCUCGGUGUGCGUAUGUCGCGAUCCCAAAUACAAGUGCUUGUGGCUCACAGCCGAGGAAGAAGAGUUUUGAUUGGCGUCUCGCGGCGUCGCUCUAGCUGAGAAUUGCCCAACGUGCGUAAUGAAUUACAACGAAAAGUGUAGUGCAAAAGUGUGUUGUUAAGGCAAGAAAAUUCUAAACCUCCAUUACGGUGAGCCCCCGGCCCUCCCGCGCGUUGUGUGCAUAUUAGCGAAAGUGUGCAAAAAUAUUCUUGCUCCGUGUGAAUGUGAAUGAAUGUGCAUAUCCUCCCGCAAGGAAAAAAAAGAGAGAAAAAAUAAAUCCUCUCGCUCGUAGUGCAGCAGGUUUGCGUGCGUGUGCAAUUAUGCUGAUUGAGGUGCAUAAAACGUGGAUCGUGCGCGGGGAGCAGAAGUAAAAAUAAUAGUAGAAAAAAGCCCAGCGCGCGCAUAUAAUAGUGAAAAGCCGUGUGAGGGGGAGGGAAGCGCCCGCCUGGUCGCUCGGGCCAGUGAGAAUCAUUCUCGCUGCACACUAGUGAGCUACACGAUCACACGAUCACGCUGUAACGAGAGCGAAAGAGAGAGAGAGCAAGAGUGUCCUGGGUAGCAUAGAGAGUGAGAGAGAGCGGGAGGAAAAGCGACAGGUGAAAUUUUGUCGCCCAAGUGCAGAGAGUGGUGCAUCCGCCGAGUCGCGUAAGUGCAUUUGGAGGGUUUGUGCUGUUGUUGUUGUUGGGUUGGUGUGCCUGCCGCGUCGGUCCCGACUCUGUGUGUGAGCUCCCAGAGGGCCUUGAUUUGAUGUGUUAGUGCGGGUGUGUGUGUAUGUGUAUUUCUCCAUUCUGGUUUCGGUGAACGACGAGUGUGUGCUUUUGCGUUGAUGCCCCUUUGCAGUGCUGGGCCGUUGGUCGGGAUCGGUGGAAAGUGGUGAAAAAAGAAACCAGAAGUUUGUAAUUGUUGGCGACAGUGAAUCGGCAUCCAACGGGUUGCUACAAUACACACACACAGCGCACAAGCGACAGAACGACAAACGAUAUUCAUUAGUGGACGAAGACGGUUGGCGCCCAGCUAGGCCGGUGACCCUUUUGUUCGCCGGAGAGUAUGAUAAUGAGCAACGAUGGAACUGCUGACCCUUAGCGGCACACAGAUUGCGUCGGACAAAAUCGCCUACUCCACCAACACACCGUGCUGAACUAAGCUACUGCCUCCUGCCCGCUACUAGACGCCGUUAGUUAGCUCCAGCACACACAGUUGGAGAAGAGCACACGAGGAAAGUCUGCCGCCUGCUGCCAUAGAAGCAUGAUGCAGCUCGUACCUUCGGCGCAGCAGCAAUUGGACGAACAGCAACAGCAACACCACAAAGGAGCGGGAUCUUCCGGAGGCGGCCUACUGCAACUGCAACCGCACCAGCCGGCAAGAGGAAACACUUACCACCGCCAGAGUCAUCAUCAUCAUCAUCAUCAGAAGCAUCAUUAUUGUGCUGCCCGUCGUCAGUGUCGUGACUGUGUCGAUCAGCAGCAGAAGCAGCAGCAGCAGCAGUACGGCGGCGCUGGCGGGUGCGAUCAAGUCAAAAGGCACCGCAAUUACGACGGCCGUACAAUCACCGACACCGCGCACUAUUAGGGCAGUAGUGGUGCCGCCAGAGGACGGCACACGCGGCGUGCAAGCAGCCAUUGUGCGCCACGUUACAGCCAACCAUUUGCUACGCCGUGCAUGGCGUGCUGUGCAAUGCAUCAACAGGCAAUGAGUGCACGGGCCCGUCUCGCCGGACAGCACAUUCAUCGCAGUCAGCAGUGUUUGGUAGGCUAAUUUUGACGCCCAAACGACUAAUACAAUCGAGCGCGUGUGAGGUGGAAGAUUGCCAAUCGUCAAACACAACAAAAAAAAGGAAGAAAGCCUUCCUUGACGAUACGAAUUGAAACGCGGUAACAACCUCCACAGGCAGAGGUUACAUUACCAGACUAGACGAUGGAUUUGUAUGAACGCAUCGAGCUGAACAGAAGGAAAGAAUUGCCACACCUGCAGCGAAGGCAGCGGCAGCGAAAUGAGAAGAGAAGAAAGCAAUCGAAUGCCGGCAGUAAUGAGACGUCGUGCAUUGCCGGAAGCGAUCGGGAUCGGAGUAUCCUUAGCCCCGCUGCGGGUGAAUAUCCACAUCCGCUGCGACCGUUAAACACCUGCGAUCCGCUGAGAGGGACGGAAGAGCCGUCACAGCGGUGGAGUAACCACGACAGUUGCUUUGUAGGCAACGAUGCAGCGGAGGGCGGCCGUUCGGUCCGAGAUGUAAACUGUGCGCCCGCCAGCUCUUGGCGACCGCCCACCGAUUGGCGUGACAAUCAGUGUACACGCAGCCGGUGCCGCCGAAAAGUGAUGGCGUACCGGAGCCCACUCACCAUCCCCCGGUGGCGACAAGCCCUUAUCACCGGUGCCAUCUUCCUGCUAGCGGUUCUGCUUCCCGCAGCAAUCGCCGGUUCGCCCAAGUACGAAACGGCGUACGCAUGCGAAGGGAAAACGCUCAUGAUCGAGUGUGAACCGGGCGAUCUGAUCAAUCUAAUACGGGCGAACUACGGUCGCUUUUCGAUCACCAUCUGCAACGAUCACGGUAACGUGGACUGGAGCGUCAACUGUAUGUCGCCCAAGAGCCUGCGGGUGCUGCACUCGAAGUGUGCCCAGAAGCAGAACUGCUCCGUGCUAGCGUCGACCAGCAUGUUCGGCGAUCCGUGCCCGGGCACGCACAAAUAUCUCGAGGCACACUACCAGUGCGUGUCGGCGGCGCAGUCCUCCACCACCACGAACCGGCCGAGCCCGCCGUGGCUCAAGACGUCCCAGCCGAUCGUGUGGAGUACGUCCACCGUGCGCAGUCCGGUACUGAGCCGGCUCAAUCUAACCACCGAUUUAGGGGGUGGCGGUGGCGAAGUGGCCGUCGUGGCAGCCGUUACGCCCGCCCUGUCAACAUCGGCCGUCACGUUACGCCCCGGUGCAGGCGGCGGGAACGUCGGUACCAAAACCAGUCAAUCACCGACCACCUUCCGGAACAAGGGGUUCGAGAACAAGAGCGUCAAUGACGAUCUGGCCAUCAUCAAGACGAUCACCGACCGGAAGAAGGGUGGCGAUCCGGUGGAGCCGCUCGGACCGAGGACUCCGUACGGUGGUGUGGAGGCCGGUGCAGCCGGAACGUCCGGAGGCGGCGGCCUGCAGAAGGAGGAAGACGAUGACGAUGGUGCCGACCUGUUCCCGACCCAAACGGCAGUAUUAUCCGGUGCAGCAGCACCACCCGGCGUCCGGAAGCUGGACCCCGCCGGUACGCCGACCAGCGUCAAUGGCGGGGGCAGCGUGCAGAUUGACAUUAGCCACGCGUGCGGACCGAGCACCGCCCGCAACCUGUUCUGGAAUGUGACGCGCGUGGGCGAGGUGAACGUGCAGCCGUGUCCGGGCGGUGCGACCGGCAUCGCCAAGUGGCGGUGCGUGGCGGUCGCCUCGCUAACGCCCGAGCAGCGCGUCCACCUGCAGCAGGAACACCAGCAGAUGCUGCAGAUCCAGGCCGCACAGCAGCAAUCGGCGGGAGGCGCGGGCGGCGUUAACGCACCGUCAGCGGACGAUAGUGGUAGCCAUGGUGAUAUUAGUUUUAGUAGCAACAGUGUUGCCCUUAGCGAUAAGCAAUCGAUGGUCGGUGCCGCUACCUGGUACGCCUACCGGCCGGACCUAACGCAGUGCCGCAGUCUGUGGCUGAACAAUCUCGAGGUGCGCGUGCAGCAGCCCGAUUCGUCGCUCAUCUCGAUCGCGAACGAUCUGGCGCAGGUGACGAGCAGCAAGACGCUGUACGGCGGCGACAUGCUCGUCGCGACCAAAAUCAUCCAGACGAUGUCGCAAAAGAUGCACUACGACAUCGAGACAAUACCGGACCAGCGGCAGCGGGAGGCACUCGUGUUCGAGCUGCUGAACAGUGUGGUCAAAACCGGGAGCAACCUGCUCGACCAGUCGCAGCACGCCAGCUGGCUGGAUCUGAGCGUGGAGGAUCAGAUGCGGGUCGCCACCUCGCUGCUGACCGGGCUGGAGGACAACGCGUUCCUGCUGGCCGACACGAUACUGCGCGAAAAGCACGUCGUGCAGAAGGUGAAGAACAUUCUGCUCUCGAUACGCGUGCUCGAGACGCGCAACUUUGGCAAGAGCACGGAGCUGUUUCCCGACUCGUCCACCGAGCGGUGGCAGGUCAGCAGCGAUCAGAUCGAGCUACCGAAGGCGGCCCUGAUCGAGAACAGCGAGGGCGGCCUGGUGCGUAUCGUGUUCGUGGCGUUCGAUCGGCUCGAGCAGAUAUUGCGCCCACAGUUCAGCAACAUUCAGCAGCAGCAGCAUGGUUCCGGUGGCGCAGGGCCAUCGUCCGGCCGGGUUGAGCCGAGCCAGCACCGGCACCUGGACACGGACGGCAUCGCAUCGGCCAACGUUGCCGGGCUUGGAGCAAACGAUGGCACCUUUGGGUCGUCCGCCGGUGGCGGUGCGGGCACACGCAGCACCGACGCGGGCUCGCCGUCCGACGCGGGUGUCACGGUGGUGCCGCGUUUGCGAUUGCUCAACAGCAAGGUGAUUUCCGCCAGCCUCGGCAAGGGUCGGCACAUUCAACUUUCGCAACCGAUCCGCAUGGUUCUGCGGCAUCUGCGCACCAAAAACGUGUCCAACCCGACGUGCGUAUUCUGGAACUACAUUGACCAUGCGUGGUCGGAGGACGGCUGCCACGUGGAGUACACGAACAGCACGCACACGGUGUGCAUGUGCAACCAUUUGACGAACUUUGCGCUGCUCGUGGAUGCGGUGGACAACGAGACGCAGCUGUCGUUGCUGUCCCAUCUGGAUGACAGUUUGCUGCUCUACAUCGGCAUCGCCGUACUGGUCGCCGUAGUGGUGAUCGCUCUGUUCGCGCGCAAGCUCUGCUACAGCUCGGUGCUUGCCAAGCUGCGCAACGGUGGGCCCGAAGCGGGUGCUGCCGGUCUGCGCGGAGGGCCCAUCGAUCGGGAUCCUGCCGGGCUGUCCAUCUCCGCACAUCACGGCACGGUUGCGGGUCGACUGCAUCAUCACCAUCAUGGCGGUAGCAACAAUGCGGGCGUGGAUCUGCAUCAUCCGACCGUCGCGACGGCGGGCCACCACCAUCAUCACAUGGUGCAUCAUCAUCUGCCACCGCCGGGCACCGGCCACCAUCUGCUGGUUGCGGACGAUUUCCACCAUCAGCAGCAGCAGUCGCAGCAGCCGCACCCGGCGAACAACAACCUGCACAAUCACCAUCCGAACAAUCUGGCCGGUGGUGGCAAUCAUCAUCACGUCAACAGCAACAACCUGGUAACGACCACCUUCAACAAUCUGAACGGCGGCGGUGGAAUCGGGGGCGGCAACUGUUCGCCCUCACCGCCGGGCAGCGGGUACGACCAUCACCAUCCUGGCCAUCAUCUCGCCCGGCUGAACAACAAUGUAAAUGUCAACUUCCCUAGUAAUAUUAGUAGCAGUAGCAACAAUAGCACUAACAACAGUGCCGCCGCCGCCGCCGCCCUCCUGCUCACCGGUGCGGGCAAGGGCGGUGACGAUGCGCUGGCCAAACCUUUCCCCUCCUAUCGCACGAAUAAUAAUCAAAUCAAUCUAUUACGCGCAGCCAAUCAUCACGCACAACAACAACAGCAGCAGCAGCACCAGCAGCAGCAGCAACAGCAGCACCAGCAGCACCAACAACCUGCACCAUCAGCCAACGCACCAUCUGCAGCAGUCCUCCUUCAGCAGCAACAGCACCACCACCGCCACCACCUCCACCACCAACCGCAAGCUGCCGCAGCCACCGCUGGCACCAUCCUCCUACAAGGGUUCGGCGGUGAUGGCGGCCCAUCAUCACCAUCAGCAUCAUCUCUAAUCGCGUCCACCUCGCUGAUCACGACGAUCGCGCAGCCCACCUCCCAGCAGACAUCGCCAGCGGGCAGGGGAAGGGGUGGCGGUGGUGGCAGCAUGGACAGCAGCGGAAGCGAUCGCAGCAGCAGCGGAAGUACUACCGCCGCCGAGAUGGUUGCGUACAAUCUGAGCGGUGAGAUCGGCGAUGGUGGUGCGGGGAUGGCCAAUGGUGCCGGUUCGCCCGGGAACCAGCUACACCUGCACCAUCACCAGGGCAGUAUUGGUAGCAGCGCUUCCUCGGGUUUGCUAGUCGUUGCUGCCGGUGGUGCGAAUGCGGGUGGCAGCGUGAGUGUCGGUACGGCCGGCACAAUCACCUCGUCCGCGUCGUCGAGCGCGAGUGCGAGUGUGCCGCUGCUGCACCAUCACCACCAUCACCAUCUGCAUCACCAUCUGCACCAGCAUCUGCACCCGGGCGGUUCUGUCUCCCCACCGUCCGAUCAUUCCUCCGUACCGAUCCCGAGCAAGCGGAACCUUUGAACCGAUUGUCGCCACAAUCACUGCUGUGCACGCAAGCGCAUUCCUGCAUUCGCUUUUAAAGCGGUUUGAAAGGUUAAAGGGCCGUGUUAUCAGCCGACAUGGACCGAGACAGAGAGAGAACGGGCCGGUAAGGCAACUAACGAAGGGAAUGAUGGCGACGACGGACGACGACGACAACAACGAUGUUCUCCCCAUUGACACACCGGUAUGUGGAUCGCGAUCGGUAUGAAUUCUUGUUUGUUUGAAAAAGCAAUCAGUCUUAUGUGUUGUUGUUGUUGUUGUGUUGUACUACUGUUGUUGUUGUUGUUGUUGUUGUUGUUGUUGAUUGCGUUUUAUGGCACUUUCCGUUGGCGUUACUUUAGUUCCGUUUCACACCGCCCGUUUUGUUUUAUGCGAUCACUGGCGUGGCGUGAUCACGUGUACGAAUAUGUAAUUUGAGUUUUUAUAUGUAAGGAUAGCAAUUUUUUACUUUUUUUUUUGAACACAUGUAGAAUUUCCUAAUUUAAUUGUUGUUUAGUGUUUCAUGUGUUAUACAAUCGGCAUAGUAUAGAAGCAAUCUCCGUGCGGUGCGUGUGUUAUACAGCUUUGUAUGAUUUAUAUAUGGAUUGAAAUGAGUGCGUGUGUGUAUUAUUUAUAAGCUUUAGUCAGGUUAACAUCCAUUCUAAAUUGAUUUCGCACCUUAAACUCCACUGUUUGCCAUUGUGCAAUACUCUCCCGCAGCGUUUGAUUGUUUAUAGCUCUCAUUUAUCUGAACCUCCCAUUCCUUUUCGUGUUUUUUUUGUAUAGUGUGCUGUUUAAUUUAACAAAAUAGUUUGUAAUAUUGCACAAAAUAUUGUUUUAAAAAUAAAGGUUAACCUUGUUCAUGUCCGUUUCAUGCUGUGUUCCCUACCACGCACCACGCAUUUAUAGUGAUGGGGUCUACUCCGUGGAGAAGAGAAGUAACGAUAGCCACCAGUGGAACUAAAAUCUGCCUUGGACUACGCGAACGUCUCAUUUCUGCCCCCAAAACUGCACGCUGCGUUAGUAUUUUAAAGAACAAAAAAACACACACACACAUCAAUUCAAGCAUUCUCACAAAAAUACAAUGUAAAUAAAUCUAUUUACUACGGCAAUGCGAGCGGUAGGACACAAGGUGCAUCCGCUCCUGUGCGCACAUACAGUGAAUAGGAAUCUAGAAAGCAGACGCGAUAGUAUGAUGUGUAUUAGGUGUAUGUGAUUGUGUGUGUGUCUCCGGCGACCACAAACAUAAUAGGAACAUAUUUAAAGCAAGUAAAAACAAUGCAAAACAUAAUGCUGCAAAUAGGAAUCAUUUAAAGCAAAGAAAUGAGGGAGAAUGAAGUCAUUUGUGGAUUUCCAUCGAUGUCUCGCAUGCAAGGAAGCAAUACCAUUCUACUACUACUACUACAACUACUAUUACAUCUUCAAUACCUGUGAGGCAUGAUUGGUAGUGUUUCGUUACAUAGGAUAACAAGAAAAGAAAAACUAAACAGGGAAAAGGGAACGAGAAAAGUUUAUCGAAUGACCAGCAUCCAAGAGAAGGAGGAGAGCGUGAAACAACGUGGAAAAUCAGAGGUGAUAAAGGAGAGUGAUAGAAAUCAAUCAAUCAAUAUGUGUUGGUGGCUGAAUGUAUAAAACGGAAGAAGAAGAAGAAAAAACAGUUCAUAUGAAACAAUGUUGUAUAGCUACACUAAUCGUAAGCGUUCGUAAAAUCGCGACGGUACCACAAGAAUCUAGUUUUUAUUUAACACAAACCACUAGGAAAGACGAAGGCGAAGGAAAAACGGAAGGGUGUAAAAUGAUAAAAGUUGUUAGUUAGUGUACACUCACCACCAGCCGCCAGCGCGCUUUUGUUUUUCGGUACCACCCCUUCACCAAACACACCGCCGCUGGGUAGGAGAGUAGGAGCCAAACCAAGAAUGAACGAAUGGGAUGCAAGGGAUAUGCAAACCUUUCCACGUGUUCCAUUCGAUCACGCAAACGUUACGCUCGCGUCAUCCCUAUUCGCGCACCCCGAUGACCCACGGGGCCGGACCGAAGACUCGGUGCGCAUUAAUUAUUGACUUUUAUUUAAUAGAAGCUAGCGAAAGAAGAGGGUGUACGGCACACAGGAUGAAAGGUGACAGAGCUAUCCCGUUUUCUCACACGCCGUGUGAUUUGAUUGUAGAUCUUGCGCGCUCGCGGAAAUCAUCAAAUAUGUAUACAAAGAUUUUCUCUCACAGACAAACACACACACACACCACGACAUUCAAGCGCAGUUUGAGCGCGUAUUGUUCGGCAGAGGAGUAGAACAGGCUUUCCAAACGUUCUCAGCAACAGCAGAGUAAGGAUGAAGGGUGAGAAUGUGGAAGAGGGGUAGCUCUAAAAUGCCCGCUUUUUUAUCAUUCCCACAGAGCGCGUACCAUGACGGGAAAGGGGUGUGUGUGUGAGAGUGAGCUAGACAUGGAAGGAAAUUAGGAAGGAAGUAAUAAAACAAAACUGGUUAAAAAAUGAA